AUGGCCAAAGACAUUAUUGUGCCACUAGGACAACGUGUAUUGCGUGUUAUGGAGGAUAUUAUUGAAGAUGAUCCUGACAGAGUUAUCAUGGUACGUUUUUUAAUCUUUUUUGAGAUAUAGACGAAAUGUCGCAAAUUUAUUGCUUUUUUGACGAAAUGUCAAAAUUGUUUGGAACGAAGAGUCAAAAAUCAAUUUUAUAUGCACAAAAUUGAUUUUUAAAUAUCGAUUUAAGUGAUAAGUAAAAAUUUUAUCGUUUUUUGAUUUGUAGACAAAAUGUCACAAAAUUAUUGAUUUUUGUAACGAAACGUCAAAAAAAGUAUAGGAUUUUUUAAGAUUUGUUUUAAUGCUCUUAUUCAACACCGGAACGUAUUUUACAUUAAUUUUAUAUUUUUUUGAUGUUAUAUAAUCUUAAAAAAUCGACCUAAAAGUUAAACUUUAUUACCUAAAGUAAAUGUUUAUUAUAGAUAUACGACGAAGUAGAAGUGAACUCAAAAGUGCCAUAUGAUCAUGUAUAUCAAUGUACUUUAAGUUUACUCAAUUUUUUACAAAGGGAACACUUACUGGGCUAUCACAAUGUAAUUGGCAUCUGUUUGGAAAACUGUCACCAAUUUAUUGUGGCUUUUACUGCAGUAACUUCAGUGAAUUCCAUUGCGGCGCUGUUUGACCCUGAGGCUUCUUCGAGUAGGUUUUGGGUUGUUUAGGCUUGUCUUAGAAAUUUCGUUACAAAACAAAUUUUUUUUAAAUUUUUUAAAUUUUAAAAUUUUAAAAUUAUUUUUAAUUUAGACGACCUACUAAACCAAGUAAACAGCUCAAAAGCAGAAACUUUAAUUACAACAGCUGAAGUAUUUCUGCAAUUACUAGAACAAAGUCGCCACUGGACUAGCCUACGCAAUGUAAUCUUAGUCAAUCGGUUUGGCAAGCCAAUGGACAUCAAAGGCUUCAAUGUGUUCACGUGGAGCCAAGUAAUCUCACACAAACCUAGUUUUAACAAAGAGUAAGUUACACUGCCCAUAGUCAAAGCCCUAGCCCUAGCCCUAGCCCUAGCCCUAGCCCUAGCCCAGAGCCCUAGCCCAGAGCCCUAGCCCAAAGCCCUAGCCCAGAGCCCUAGCCCAGAGCCCUAACCCAGAGACCUAGCUCAGAGCCUUAACCCUAGCGUUAGUUCUAACUCAAAGCUCUAGCACAGGACCUUCUGAAGCCCUAGCCCACAACCGUAUCUCUGAGAACGCAGAUUUAGCCCGGAGCCAUAAACUCUUCUGAAUCCACCAUCCUUUUACGUUUGCUCUACUCUAACCCUACCAAAAAUUCAUAGCUCUAGCCUAAUUAAAGUUGGUUACUCUAGUCAAAGCGGUUCUAGAGACUCUUUACCUAGCCCAAGCGACCUUACUUUGACUUCCAAUACCUUUUAAAGUAUAAUAUACAAUCUUUACUUUCAGCAAAGUCACAUUUACUGUCAAAACCGACCCAGCUUUAUUGAUUUAUCCAGAAAAGCCACGCCGAAGUCACGACGGUAUUCUCAUAAGCCAUGCAGCUUUGAUUACCAAACAGGAAGCUACAUUACAGUUUAUAAAUACUUGUCUACAAGAUUGUAAGCCAAAAGAUCCUAAUAUAUCUUAUGUAAAUGGCUUUUCAAAUGGUACAGUAAGUGUUGAAGAUACUGUAACUUCUGAAAAUGACCAAGAUUUAUCUGUAAACGGCCAUGAUUCAUCAGAAAACGGUUUUGAUUCACAUGAACAUCAACAAAUGGUCGAUGAUUACAUAAAUGACAAAGAGAAUUCAAGUGAUGACGAAGCUUACUCCAACCCAUCUUAUGAAGAAUAUAACGAAGAAGGUGAUGACGACUAUACCGUAAAUGACAACGAAGAUUAUGAGGAAAUACCUAAUACUGAAUUCAGUACCAAUUGCACCACUAUUGUUACAGAAAAUAGCACUCAAAGUCCCAAUAACGCUCCCAAAACUACUAUAAUAUCAACUCCACCUCAUUUAAUCGAAGGUGUUAUACAUGUACUGAACGCUGUCAUGUCGAAAGAUACGAUUUUACUGUGUCAAAACAAAGGUGAAGUUAUACUGAAUGCGGUUUCGAAAUAUCGACCGGUAUAUUUGAGCAUUACGAUUAAUUGCGCUUUGGAGAUUACUAAAAUGAAGUUGGAGUCAGAUGAGGAUGAAAAGAAUGGUGAUGAAGAACAUGAAGUAGAUGAUAAAGAAAAAAAUAAAGAAGAAAAGUUAAGAAAAAGAAGAAGAAAAAGAAAGAAAAGGAAGAACAAAAUAAAGAAAAAGAAGAACAAAAAGAAGAAAAUAAAGAACAAAAACAAAAGAAAGAAGUAGAAAUAGAAGCGCAAAAAGCAAAGAAUAAAGAAGAUAAAAUAAAGAAAGAAAAUAAAGAAGAACAAAAAAAUCAAAAAGAAGAACAAGGAGAACAAAAAGAAGAAAAACAACAACAACAAGCCCAAAAAGCCAAAAAAGAAGAAGAAUACGAUCUAACAAGUGUAAAAGUACUAGACAUAUCAAGUCAUUGUGUUGGCAGAUACGUAGCUCAACAACUGGUCGAAAAGUUCACAGAAGUCGACCAUUUUGUUCAAACUGUCAGAAUCCCAGAAGUUUUAAAUUAUAGUUGUCUGAGCAAAGGAAAAGCAUUGGUAGGACACUGUGGACAAGCUAUGAAAGGCGUUAGGUAUAAAGUAAGAAAGUCCUUGCCCUUUUGGUUUGUAAAGAAAGUUCUUGCCAUUUGUCGUUUUGUAAAGAAAGUUCUUGCCAUUUGUUGUUUUGUAAAGAAAGUUCUUGCCAUUUGUUGUUUUGUAAAGAAAGUUCUUGCCAUUUGUUGUUUUGUAAAAAAAGUUCCUGCCAUUUUUGGGUUUGUAAAGAAAGUUCUUGCCAUUUGUUGUUUUGUAAAGAAAGUUCUUGCCAUUUUUGGGUUUGUAAAGAAAGUUCUUGCCAUUUGUUGUUUUGUAAAGAAAGUUCUUGCCAUUUGUUGUUUUGUAAAGAAAGUUCCUGCCAUUUUUGGGUUUGUAAAGAAAGUUCUUGCCAUUUUUUUGUUUCGUAAAGAAAGUUCUUGCCAUUUAUUGUUUUUUAAUACAAUUUUAUUUUAGAUAAUUGAUCCAGAAACCGACAAAGAAGUAAUAGUAGGUUCAGUUGGAGAGCUGUGGCUAAAAUCACCAACAUUUUUGACUGAAUUUUGGGGCAAUCCAGAGGGAAAAGCGAAUGUUAUUACUCAUGAUGGGUGGUAUUUGACUGGUAAGUAUUGUCUUACUACAGGGGUAGGGUAGUAUAGAGUAGGGUGAGGUGCAGUAGAAUCCUAGGUACAGCACAGCCUAAGGUACGGUACGUCUUUUUGUACGAUAUGGUCUUAGGUACCGUAGGGCCUACGGUACGGUAGGACUCAGAGUAGAAUAAAGUAAGACCUAGGGUACGGUAGGGCGUAAGCUACGAUAAAGCUAUGGUUACGGUAUAACUUAAAAAACGGCAAAGCCUAUGGUACGGUAGAGCCUAAAAUACGGUAAGACCUAGAGUAAAAAGGACUCAAGGUACUAUAGAGCUUAAGGUACACGGUGGGUCUUAAGGUACGGUAGAACCUAGAAUAAGGCAAGGCCUAGAAUACGGCGAGGCCUACGGUACGGUUGGAUAUAGAGUACGGUGCGACACAGGGUACGGUAAAGCCUAUGGUACGGUAGAGUCUAGGGAACCGUAGAGUUUAGGAUACGGUAGGGCCUAGGGUACAUUAGGGCCUAGGGUACAGUAGGGCAGGAUCUAUAAACAAAAUUAUUGGAAAAAUGUAACAAAAUGUCACAAAAUUUAAAUACACUCAGAACGUUCUAAAACAACUUUUGAUGUCGUCCAACGUUAUUGGAAGGUUAUACUAGCGCAAAAGUAUAUUUAUUGGAAAAUAAAGUGUCACAAAUUUAUUGAUUUUCUAAAACCCAAUUAUACGAAUUAAUUUUAGGAAAACUAGCAACAAAGGACGUUCACAACAACCUUAUCUACGUAUGUGACGCAAAUGAAGUUAUCUACGUUCAAUCUAGUCCAGUCUACCCAACAUUACUAGAAGAAAAGCUACUAUCACAUCCAAAGGUGCUGGACUGUGCUGUAGUUGGAGUAUCUCAUAAAAAGCUGGGAAAAGUGCCUCGAGCAUUUAUUGUAAAACUGGACUUAGAACUGACAGAAGAAGAAGUUUUUGACCAUAUCAGAGAGAAUGGCAGCAGUGAAGAGGAGCUGCUUGGUGGUGUCUACUUUGUCAGUAAAAUACCACGGAAUGCUAGUGGUGGAGUUGAUAAACAGCUGUUGGUCAAGCUUUUUGUACUUAAGAAGUAA